CGCUGUUCUUCUGCUGGACACUCCCCCAUCUUGCCUCACACUCCUCCGUCUACUCAGAGCAGGACUCGGUCCACAGCCUCAGCCAGUUGGAACCGGACAUCCCAACUGCUAAGGUGGGAGCUUGUGAAAAAUCCAGAGGGUAGUCCUAGAAACCGAAUAUCCCCCUCCCUCAUAAUCAUCAUGGGGGCUGUUAUAUCCCGGUGGAGGGCUAAACCAUCCACUGUGGAGGUUUUGGAAGGACUUGAAAAGGAUAUACAGAUGCUUGAAGAAUACAGUGAAAAGUAUCAGAGGCAGUUGAAGAUAUGGGUUGGACGACUGCUUCUGUACUCGUCUCUUCUCUACCUGAUCACGUGUAUAGUUGUGUAUUUCUGGUACCUUCCUGAACAGUUAAUGGGACGCCUCAUAUUGUCUCUUCCCUUUGUAAUAUUUCCAUUAUUAGUGUGGCUGCUUAGAAAAUUGCUUAUAUAUAUUUUUUCACGAAGAACAGAAAAGAAUAAUGACAAGUUAGAAGAUCUUAAAGCGCAAAAAAGGAAAAUACUUGAAGAAGUUAUGGAAACCGAGACCUAUAAAAAUGCUAAAAUGAUUCUGGAGAGAUUUGAUCCUGACUCGAAGAAAAAGAUUGAACUGGAAUCCAGUCCAGCUGGUCCUCUGAUGACUCCAAAACCAGGACAAGAGCUGCGGCAUCGCAAUGUCAUCCCGAAGACCCCCACAGUGAUGGUGAAUCCUGCUGCUGCCCGCCCUCCUCUUGCCUCUGGGCCCACCCACUCUGGACGGCCUUCCCACUCUGCUCCAGGUGGACCCCCAGAGAGGAGCCUGUCGGCUAUAGCUGCUCAGCAGAGCUUGAUGAGGAAGCCUGUGACCCCUGGAACACCUGUUCCAGGAUUCGGCAUGCACCCACCAGGGCCACCCCUGGCCAGACCUGUCCUCCCAAGAGAAAGAGGCGCUAUGGACAGAGUCGUUGAGUAUCUUGUUGGAGAUGGCCCUCAGAACAGAUACGCUCUCAUCUGUCAGCAGUGUCUGUCCCAUAACGGCAUGGCAUUAAAGGAGGAAUUUGAAUACAUCGCCUUCCGAUGUGCAUAUUGUUAUUUUCUGAAUCCUGCAAGAAAGACCAGGCCACAGGCACCCAGACUCCCUGAGGUCACAGGCGACCUGAAGAUGGCACCUGAAAGUCCUCAGCCGCUGUCUGCUACUGAUGUAGACGAUGAUUUACAGGCUUUAGAGAAGGAAAAACUCGCUGAAGACUCCUCUGAUGCUGAUGCCCAGGGGCUGGUGACUCCCACCACAGAACUGAAUUCUGCCUCAGAUGGCCAAAACACCCCAGAGUCACCAGACCUGCCCUCUGACAAAUCUGAUGGAGAGCAGGAUGUGUCUGCAAUGGAAGUGGAAUAGAGCAGAGUCAAUGCAACACAAGUUAGUUUGCAGCCCUGUUUUUUUGUUUUGUUUUGUUUUUUUCUUUAAAUAAUCAUGUUAAACGGUCAACUACUAACUAAAUGCUGUUAGUUGGAAUAACAUCAUAACAACCAGCAGUUAGUGAAAUGUACUUGAUAUUACAGUGUCCUUUAUUUUCAGAAUUGCUUUUAUAAUUGUAAAGUUGAUGAAUUUAAUAUAUACAUUGUAUAACAAUAGGAUUUUGCCAAACAGCACCCCUUCUUUUCCAGUGUAAUGAAAAGUCCAGCUUAUUUUCAUCACAGCAAUAAGGUUUUUGCUCAGUUAUAUGUAUUGAUAAUGAUGUGUAGAAAAGCUCCUUUUCUGUUUACUCUUGUUUUUCUCCAUAUUUUAUUAGUUUCUGACUACAUUGUUCUCUCUGGGUUUACAGGGAAUUGCAUAAACAAAACAAAUAUGUAUUGUGGGGGAAACAAAAUUUUAUUUAUGGGAAAUUAUUUAUAAAUAUUUUUGUAGGAUGCUGGAAUUGUCACGACAGUGUUGGAUGCGGUACUCUGUAGCAUCAUGGUGCUAACAUCCGUGGUACAGUAAUGUUCAGUUUGUAUUUAUUACUAAUGGAAAGAAAAAGGAGAUUGUCAGUACUGUACAUGUGCCCUUUGUGCCUUUUAUAUUUUACAUAUCUGCUUUGGGAAAUUGCUGAAAUGGAUAUCUACAGAUGCUGUUUUCAGUCUUAAGUGACAGAAUCUUUUUGCUGAAUGUUUGUGUAAGUAAUACUAAAUAAACUUUUGAGAACAUUUAA